UCCGGUGUCACCUGUGUGGUUACUGGGAGCCGUAAACAAGGUGCGCAGCAUCUGCAGAGCUGUCGGGAUGCAGCAGAGCGGAGCGGCUGGAGGCCGUGGCUGCGCGCUCUGCCCGCUGCUGGGCGUCCUGCUCUUCCAGAGUGUUCAUAUCGUCCUUUCCUUGGAGAUUCAUGCAGAUGCCCAUGUCCGAGGUUAUGUUGGAGAGAAGAUCAAGUUGAAGUGCACCUUCAAGUCAACUUCAGCUGUCUCUGACAAGCUGACCAUAGACUGGACAUAUCGCCCUGCCAGUAGCAGUCGCACAGAAUCAGUUUUUCAUUAUCAGUCUUUCCAGUACCCAACCACAGCAGGCACAUUUCGGGAUCGGAUUUCCUGGGUUGGAAAUGUGUACAAAGGGGACGCAUCUAUAAGCAUAAGCAGCCCUACCAUAAAGGACAAUGGGACAUUCAGCUGUGCUGUGAAGAACCCCCCAGAUGUGCACCAUAAUAUUCCCGUGACAGAGCUGACAGUCACAGAAAGGGGUUUUGGCACCAUGCUCUCCUCUGUGGCCAUCCUUUCCAUCCUCGUCUUUGUGCCCUCCGCAGUGGUGGUGGUCCUGCUGCUGGUAAGAAUGGGUCAGAAGGCUGCCGGGCUGAGGAAGAGGAGCAAGUCUGGCUAUAAGAAGUCAUCUAUCGAGGUUUCAGACGACACUGACCAGGAGGAGGAAGAGGCAUGUAUGGCGAAGCUGUGUGUCCAUUGUGCUGAGUGCCUGGAUUCAGACUAUGAAGAGACAUAUUGAUGAAAGUCUGCAUGAUCUAAGAAGAAUCACAUAGUAACAGAUAACAUCCCAUUCCACCGGCAGCUAAAGCCUCUCAGAAAAGUGAAGCUGGCCCGGACAGCCUAGAAGAUCUGGAGGUCAUCAGUAAAGACUUUAGGAACCUUUUUUUUUUUUAGA